AUGGCGGAUCCAAAAUCCACCAGCGCCCUCCUCCAGAGCCUGUGCAGCAGGAUCUGUGGAAAAAGUGAAGCUGAAGUCGCCCACCAGUUCCAGUACGCCGUGCGAGUCAUCGGCAGUAACUACGCCCCCACUAUCGAACGCGACGAGUUCCUGGUUGCAGAGAAGAUCAAGAAAGAACCAUUCUAUAGAGAGGUGGUGGUGUGUAAGCCCCACAGAGACCUCUGCAGCAGACUGUCUGAGCUCGGCUGGCUCCACAACAAAGUCAGAAAGUACACUGACACGCGGAGCCUCGACCUGGCCUUCGGACUCGUCGGACAGAGCUUCUGUGCAGCGCUCCACCAGGAGCUGAAGGAGUACUACAGGCUGCUGUCUGUCCUGCACUCACAGCUGCAGGUGGAGGACGAGCAGGGUGUGACCGUGUACACAGAGAGCACUCUGACCCUCUGACUCAAAAUGCUGGCUGCUCACGUCGAUUUCUGCCAAGGUCGUUCAGGAGGUGAGCUGGCCUCAGCCGUCCACUGUUACAAGAAAACAGGAGACCCUCAGAUGAAAGCGCUGAUUCAACACAUCCUCAGCCUGGUGUCACACCCCAUCCUCAACUUCCUGUACCGAUGGAUCUACGACAGGGAGCUGGAGGACACCUACCACGAAUUCUUUGUAGCAUCAGACCCCAACGUGAAGACGGAUCGUCUGUGGCACGAUAAAUACUCCCUCAGGAAGUCAAUGAUCCCCUCCUUCAUCACCAUGGACCAGGCACGAAAGGUCCUGCUGAUCGGUAAAUCCAUCAACUUCCUGCACCAGGUCUGCCACGACAGAACACCUCCUGGCAAAAUCACACCAGCGUCCACGUCUGCAGAUACACCCAAAACAGCUGCAGAGCUGCUGUCUGACCUGGAGGGGGCGUUCCAGGCAAAGAUCGACGUUGCCUUCAAAGACACCAGUAAAUACCUGCUGGACGUCCUGAACAGAGACUACCUGCUGCAGGCCAUGAGGAGAUACCUGCUGCUGGGCCAAGGAGACUUCAUCAGACACCUCAUGGACCUGCUCAAACCAGAGUUGGUUCGUCCUCUUACAACGUUGUACCGACACAACCUGACCGGUAUCUUAGAGACGGCGGUUAGAGCCACAAAUGCUCAGUUUGACAAUGCAGAGAUACUGAAGAGGCUGGACGUGCGCCUCCUAGAGGUGUCUCCAGGUGACACGGGUUGGGAUGUUUUCAGUCUGGACUACCACGUCGACAGGCCGAUCGCUACGUUGUUUACAAGGGAGUGUAUGCGUCGCUACCUGCGGGUGUUUAACUUCCUGUGGAGGGAAAAGAGGAUGGAGUAUACGCUGACUGACAUCUGGAAAGGACAGAUUUGCAACGCUAAGCAGCUCAAAACAUUGCCGGAGUUAUCCUGCGUGCUGCAUCAGUGUCACAUCCUGGCGUCCGAGAUGGUCCACUUCAUCCACCAGAUGCAGUACUACAUCACCUUUGAGGUCAGACCAUUAGUGUGCUCCUGGGACAAGGGGGCUCAAGACCUCGACCACAUCAUCGGUCAUGAUGUCUUCUUAGACACCAUCAUCUUCAGAUGUCUGCUGGACAUUAACAGCAGGUCCCUGUUGAACCAGCUGAGGGCGAUUUUCGACCAGAUUAUCACGUUUCAGAAUGCUCAGGACUCCAUCCACCGCUAG